AUCCCUCUCCUUCUCUCUCUCUCUCUCUCUCUCUGACCAGUAACCAUGGCCUCCGACUCUUUCAACAACGGCCCUUCCUCGCCGGAUGACUCCAUCUCCAGCCCAAUCGGCAACACCUUCUCUUCUCCCGCCGCCCGCCAGAGACGCCGCCGCAGAUCCGUCACCCCCACCGCAUUCGCCACCCCUCCGGCCUCCCGCUCCCGCUUCGCCGCCUCCGAAACAACCCCGACCCCAACCUCUCGCACUCACCGCACCAACGCGCGCACCCCGUCCUCCACCGAUGACGCGCCGCCGUCCUCCGAGGCCGGCGACAGCUACGGCAUGGACGAGGACCGGCCCACCUACGUCUGGGGCACCAACAUCAGCGUCAAUGAUGUCAAAACCGCCAUUAAUAGGUUCCUGAAGAAUUUUCGGGACCAAUCGCAGAGCUCGGAGAGCGAGUAUGUUACUGAAGGGAAGUACAUUGAGGCAAUUAAGAGGAUUCUGGAAGUGGAAGAAGAGUCUCUCGAUGUGGAUGCUCGAAAUGUGUUCGAUUACGAUCCUGAUUUGUAUGCUAAGAUGGUCAGGUACCCUCUUGAGGUUCUUGCCAUUUUCGACAUUGUUUUGAUGGAAAUGGUGCCUGUUAUAAACCCCUUGUUUGAGAAGCACAUUCAGACUCGGAUUUUCAAUCUCAAAACAUCAACUUCCAUGAGAAAUCUGAACCCGUCUGACAUUGAGAGGAUGGUUUCGAUAAAGGGAAUGAUUAUCCGGUCCAGUUCGAUAAUACCCGAGAUAAGGGAAGCAAUAUUUAGAUGCCUCGUGUGCGGCUACUACUCCGACCCUCUUCCUGUAGAGAAAGGGAAAAUAAACGAACCUCAAAGGUGCAUGAAAGAAGAGUGUCAAGCCAAGAAUUCUAUGACACUUGUGCACAAUCGUUGCAGGUUUACUGAUAAACAGAUUGUGAGGCUCCAGGAGACGCCUGAUGAGAUCCCUGAAGGAGGGACACCACAUACUGUGAGUUUGUUGAUGCAUGACAAACUGGUUGAUGCUGGAAAACCAGGUGACAGAGUUGAGGUUACUGGGAUAUAUCGGGCUAUGAGCGUAAGAGUUGGACCAACACAGAGAACUGUAAAAUCAUUAUUCAAGACUUAUAUUGAUUGUCUGCAUAUAAAAAAGUCUGACAAGUCAAGAAUGCUGGCGGAGGAGCAGACUGAAGUUGAGAAUUCCUUGGGUGGAAAUUCAGAUGAGAUUCUUUUUGAUGAUAAGAAGGUGGAACAAUUGAAAGAGCUGGCUAAACAGCCUGACAUAUAUGAUCGCCUAACCAGAUCUUUGGCACCAAACAUCUGGGAGCUAGACGAUGUCAAAAAAGGCCUUCUUUGCCAGCUUUUUGGGGGAAAUGCUUUGAAGUUGCCAUCUGGUGCCAGGUUUCGUGGUGAUAUCAAUAUUCUUCUUGUUGGUGAUCCUGGAACCAGCAAGUCCCAGCUGCUCCAGUACAUACACAAGCUUGCUCCCCGUGGCAUAUACACUAGUGGAAGAGGGAGUUCUGCUGUUGGUUUGACUGCUUAUGUUGCAAAAGAUCCUGAAACAGGGGAAACUGUUUUAGAAAGUGGAGCCUUAGUUUUGAGUGAUCGAGGUAUUUGUUGCAUUGAUGAGUUUGACAAAAUGUCUGACAGUGCAAGGAGCAUGUUACACGAGGUGAUGGAGCAGCAAACUGUGUCAAUAGCGAAGGCAGGAAUUAUUGCCUCCCUUAAUGCUAGGACAUCAGUCCUGGCUUGUGCAAAUCCCAGUGGAUCUCGCUAUAAUCCUCGCUUGUCAGUAAUUGACAACAUACACCUUCCUCCUACCUUAUUAUCCAGGUUUGAUCUGAUCUACUUAAUCCUUGACAAGGCUGAUGAGCAGACUGACAGGCGCCUUGCAAAACAUAUUGUUGCCUUGCACUUUGAGAAUCCUGAGACUGUACAGCAGGAUGUUUUAGACCUUGCCACAUUGACUGCUUAUGUGGGAUAUGCUCGAAAGCAUAUUCACCCACAAUUAUCUGAUGAAGCUGCAGAGGAGUUGACUCGUGGCUAUGUAGAGUUGAGGAGGAGAGGAAAUUUUCCAGGCAGCAGCAAGAAGGUGAUAACAGCAACACCGAGGCAAAUUGAGAGUUUGAUACGUCUUAGUGAAGCUCUUGCUCGGAUUCGGUUUUCAGAAACUGUUGAAAAGCAUGAUGUGAUGGAGGCAUUUCGGCUUCUUGAAGUUGCAAUGCAACAAUCAGCAACAGAUCACUCCACUGGAACCAUCGACAUGGAUCUUAUUAAUACUGGAAUCUCGGCAAGUGAAAGAAUGAGAAGGGAAAAUCUAGUGGCAUCGGCUCGCAACUUUAUUAUGGAGAAGAUGCAACUCGGGGGACCCUCAAUGCGUUUAUUAGAGCUGCUGGAGGAGCUCAAGAAGCAGGGUUCUGGCGGCGAAAUCCACCUCAAUGAUCUGAGGAAUGCAAUGGCUACACUUGCAAGUGAGGGAUUUGUGGCUGUUCAGGGCGACAGUGUCAAAAGAGUAUGAUAGGAGAACGAAGACAUGUAUCGACCAAUUAUUGACAUUAAUGUAGGAUUUUCAGUGUCUUUGUCUUUUUUAAGAUGAUGAAUUGUAUGUAAAUUAUUUCCGUGCAGUCAUCUUUAAUGGGUGUUGUACACAGUUCUGAAGUAAGAAAAACGUAUUCGAGACUAAUUGGUGGAAAUUGUAUCGAUCCUUCUACAUCCCGUAUACUAGCGCCAAGUAGUACUUGGAUCCCUCUAUUUCCUAAAUGUCUAGGUUUCUUAUUUCGGCCAGCGCUUGAGUCGUGGCUUUUGUCCAUGUAUUAA